AUGUCUUGGCAACCCGACACAGAAACCUGCAAAUCCUGUCCAGAGAAGAAGACCAACAGCUGUCCAGAGAACAGCCACACCGUCGACAUAGAAGAUUACAAAGCUGAACUCUCCUCCCUCCGAGCAAGAACGAAAGAGCUCGAAGCAAAACUUUCCCAACUCACAAUCGAUUCCGGCAAAGAACUCCGCUCCACAAAAUGGUUCCGUCGACACGACGACAAAGCCAUCUCAGCGCUUUACGUCGACCGCUACCUCAACUACGGCCUGACGAAAGAAGAACUCAUGUCCUCAAACCCCAUCAUAGGAAUUGCAAACUCCGGCUCCGAUCUCACGCCAUGCAAUCAAUACCACACCACCCUCGCAAAACGCGUCCGAGAAGGCAUUCGCAGCGCGGGAGGAAUCGCAAUCGAAUUCCCCACCCAUCCGAUUCAAGAAUCUUCCCGAAGACCCACGGCGACAUUGGAUCGGAAUCUGAGUUAUCUGACUCUAGUCGAGUUACUCUAUGCCUAUCCCUUCGACGGAGUCGUGCUCAUGACCGGUUGCGAUAAAACUACCCCCGCCUGCCUCAUGGCCGCAGCAACCGUGGAUAUCCCUGCAAUAUGUCUCAAUGUCGGACCCAUGCUGAACGGCUACGAUCGACAUGAUCUCAUAGGUUCUGGGACGGUCGUUUGGAAAGCUAGAGAACUCCACGCCGCAGGGGAAAUCUCGGGGGAGGAAGUCACGGAUCUUAUCACUCGGGGAACUCCUAGCGUGGGGCAUUGUAAUACGAUGGGAACGGCUUCGACUAUGAAUGCUUUGGCUGAAGCUUUAGGGAUGGCUCUGCCCGGUUCCGCGAGUAUUCCAGCUCCGUAUAAAGAACGGGCGCAAUGUGCGUAUAGGACUGGAGUGCAGAUUGUGGAGAUGGUGAGGGAAGAUCGGAAGCCUAGUGAUGUUAUGACGAGGGAAGCGUUUGAGAAUGCGAUUGUUUGUAAUACUGCGAUUGGAGGGAGUACGAAUGCGCCCAUACAUUUGUGUGCUGUGGCGAAACAUAUUGGGGUGGAUUUGGACUUGGAUGAUUGGGAUCGCAUUGGGUAUCAUGUUCCGUUGAUGGUGAAUGUUCAGCCUGCGGGUGAGUGGCUUUGUGAGGAGUAUUUCCGGGCUGGGGGGUUGCCGGCUGUGAUGGCGGAGUUGUUGGAACAAGGGAAAUUGCAUGAGGGGGCUUUGAGUUGUAAUGGGAAGACGGUGAGGGAGAAUGUGGAGGGGAAGAAGAGUUGGGAUCGUAGGACGAUUUUGGAGUAUGGGAAACCGAUGAAGAGUGAUGCAGGGUUUUUGCAUAUGAAGGGGAACCUUUUCGAUUCGGCCAUUAUGAAAACCUCUGUGAUUUCGGAUGAGUUUCGGAAGGUAUUUCUGGAGGACCCGAGAGAUCCGAAUGCGUUUGAAGCGAAGGCUGUGAUUUUUGACGGGCCGGAAGACUACAAUGCGCGAAUCGAGACCGCUCCCAUUGAUGAGAGAACGAUUCUUGUGAUGCGUGGAGCUGGACCGCUCGGGUACCCUGGUGCGGCGGAAGUGGUGAACAUGACGGCGCCUGCACACUUGCUCAAGAAGGGCCUGAAAUAUUCCCUGCCUUGUAUUGGCGAUGGUCGGCAAUCUGGCACUUCGGGCUCGCCCUCAAUCCUGAACGCAUCACCUGAGGCAGCAGAAAAUGGUAACCUAGCCAUACUGAGCGAUGGCGACAUGCUCAGGGUGGAUUUGAGCAAGCGGAGAGUAGACCUGUUGAUUCCAGAGCCGGAGAUCGAGGCGCGCAGAAAAGACCUGGUAGCCAACGGGGGCUACAAGAUGAUCGAAAGCCACACGCCAUACCAGGACAUCUUCCGGAGAGAAGUCGGUCCGCUCAGUGAAGGCAUGGUGUUCAAGAAGGCAACCAGAUUCCAGAGGGUCGCGCAGAAAGUGCCGAUGCCUAGAGAUAAUCAUUAG